GGCCGCCGGGGCGGGUGGAACGCUUCCGGUGGCGGUGGCGGAGGAGGAGGCAGCGCGACUUGGGACCUGCAAGCAGCGCGGGCGGCGGCCCGGGAGAAGCGUACAGGACGAUGUCUGGAACACUCCCACCCAACAUUAACAUCCGCGAGCCUCGAUGGGACCAAAGCACUUUCGUCGGCCGUGCCAAUCAUUUCUUCACCGUUACGGAUCCCAGGAACAUUCUGUUAACCAACGAACAACUAGAGAAUGCAAAAAAAGUAGUCCAUGAUUACAGACAAGGAAUUAUUCCUCUAGGUCUCACGGAAAAUGAGCUGUGGAGGGCCAAGUACAUUUACGACUCGGCGUUUCACCCCGACACGGGUGAGAAGAUGAUCCUGAUAGGGCGCAUGUCAGCUCAGGUCCCCAUGAACAUGACCAUCACCGGCUGCAUGAUGACGUUUUACAGGACCACGCCGGCUGUGCUGUUCUGGCAGUGGAUCAACCAAUCCUUCAACGCUGUGGUCAAUUACACCAACCGGAGUGGAGACGCGCCCCUCACUGUGAAGGAACUGGGGACAGCUUACGUGUCUGCGACGACGGGGGCUGUGGCCACAGCUCUGGGACUGAAUGCACUGGCCAAGCACGUGUCCCCUCUGAUAGGACGCUUCGUGCCCUUUGCUGCUGUGGCCGCAGCCAACUGCAUCAACAUUCCGUUAAUGAGGCAAAGGGAACUCAAAGUUGGCAUUCCUGUCACCGAUGAGAAUGGCAACCGCUUGGGAGAGUCGGCGAAUGCUGCACAGCAGGCCAUCGCCCAAGUUGUCAUAUCCCGGAUUCUCAUGGCGGCCCCUGGCAUGGCCAUCCCUCCGUUCAUCAUGAACACUUUGGAAAAGAAGGCCUUCUUGAAGAGGUUCCCGUGGAUGAGCGCCCCCAUUCAGGUUGGAUUAGUCGGCUUCUGUCUGGUGUUUGCAACGCCCCUGUGCUGCGCCCUGUUCCCCCAGAAGAGUUCCAUGUCUGUGACCAGCUUGGAGGCGGAGCUGCAGGCCCGGAUCCAGGAGUCCCGUCCUGAAUUACGGCACGUGUACUUCAAUAAAGGAUUGUAGAGUUGGGAGAGAUGCCUCCGCAGCUCCGUCCUGCUGCCUGCACAAGCCUGAUGGAGCCAUGUCACUGAGGAAACACCCCAUUGAGCCUGCGUGCUCCCAGGGGCAAAGGUCCACGUUAGCCCUUUCGAAUGAAGCUGCUACUUCCUGCACGACACCUGGUGCAGGCGAGGUGCCCGACACCCACUGGCGCCCUUCUAUUGAAAUCAUGUUAUGAUUCACUGAAAUACCCUUCCCGUGGCCUUCCUAUCAUAAUCGUUUCUCGAAGAUAAUAUCCCAACCCUCCACUAGGAUUCUAAAAAGCAGUGCUAGACCUAGAGUAGGGGAUUCGUAUAAAGGUUAUCUGUUGAAAAUGUUCCUCAAUUUUCCUUCCCGUUCAUAUUGCAAAUCAGGAAAUUCCCAGUGUCGUGUUGGGGAAAAAUACAAAAACUUGGAGGCUAAACUGACAAAGCGUGUCCAUCAAUAGCAAAAGCAGUGUGCUCCCGGUUUGGGCAGUGAGUAGGCCCGAAGCAAAUGAUGAAGUUUUGGGGGUGGCUCCCUUCGAGCCACAAAUCAGUCCUCACCCCAGUGCUGUCCGCUGUCCCUGCUGUCAGCGCAUAUCAUCGGUGGUGGAGCGACUCAGCUGACGUUAAGUUUAGUGUCUUGACAUCCCUAUAAAGAUAUCCAUUUCACCUUGCUCUCACUGUCUUUGAAUAACUGAAUUUGUCAAAUUCUGCCAAUGCUCUGUUACUGGGCUCCACCUGGACUGUUGGAUUAAUUUUUUUUUUUAAAGUGAGAUCACCGUUCCAGCUACCAACACGUCUUUAGUUAUAGAUCUUCAACUUUUGCAAAGACAAUGUCUGGCUGAAUCCAUCAAGGAGACUCUUAGGUGAAUGUUGUCUAUUCUGUUUUGCAGUUAAUGAAACCAUAUGUCACUGUGACAUCAUCAUUUGCAAUGACUUAAACGGAUCCUAUGUGUCAGGUCUAGGUAGUCAUGCCGCUGAGAUCCACGUAAUUCAGAGAUUAUUGAGUUUGGGCCAUUCUUUGUUUUUUCUGACAGUGUAACCAGACUGAAUUUCACAUAAACCAUGCUGUGCCUUGUGUCUGCUUCUCAUCUCCGGAAGGACUCACAGAUCAGAAGCUGUAGACCUUCCUGGUUGCCGCCAGCAUCUUCUUAGAUUCCUUGUCUUAAACCACUUGAAGCCAAAUGGCUUUCCACAGGACAGUUAUGUCCUGGGACAUGCUGUACGUGCAUGGAGGCUUCUCUUUCAAAAGAAUGGUCACCCCUCACACGCACGACAGAGCUCCGUGUUCCUAAGAAGCGAAGUCCCCGGAGGCCCACCCCACUGGCAGUGUAGUAGAGCCCUGAGCCCCCAGUAACUUUGUAGCCCCAAUUCGGAAUGUUCACCUUAAGUGAACAGGUCUUGAUGAGUAAGACGAAUAAUGAAUGACCCAGUCUUAACACCAGAAAGAGGUGAUCCAAGCCUACUUCUAGAAAGCACAAUGAACUUGAUUGCAGGUGCAUCUUUUUAAAUGUUGCUUAUUGAUGCUUCAGACUCUUAAUGCUUUUGUAUAGAAAUAUUAAUUGUAAGGUUUAAUCAUCGUUUAUGGAAAAAGAACAAAUGAAGCAAGGUUGGAAAUCCUUGCCAACCAUGUAGAAAUACCCUUUCUGGAAGGGGAAAAAAAAAUGGUAUCCAUAUGAAGUGCAAUAAGCUUGCAAAGGUAAAUAGUGAUUCAUACUUCUGUGGACAGGAUGCGAAGAAUUAGGAUGGGGUUUGUCUGAGCGGCCAUUUUUAUUUCAGUAUUAGCACAGUGUCUUGCCAGGACUGAAGUCAACGUACGAUUUAGGUUCAGUUGGAUGAAAUGUUAAAUAAACUCGAAAU